UCAAAUUAACUACAUAUUCUUUGUUAAAAAUUUCAUAUGCAUAGGUGGUUGCCAUUUUUUUUCCUGAAAGACUCUUCACCUACAUAAAAGGCAAAUGUUUCAAUUUUCAACCAUACCUCCUUCCCCAAAAUACAGAAACAAGAACUUAUUUCUGCCUACAGGUAGAAGUUAUAAAUGUUGAUAAGUAACUUUCCUUGAGGUGAAAGAAUAAGUGAAGCAGAAAGUAAACAAGGAGGUAUGUGAAAGGUUAGAGAUAAUCUGGACUUUAGAUAUGAUUGGGAGUCCAGGUGGCCGCCUCCUUUCAACCUUGUCUCAUUUAAACAGCUUCUUGGAUUUUUCAAGAGGAACUCAGAGAAGGAUGGAGCUGACAUGGACAGGAAUUCUGCUUCUUCUCUGUGUACUCUUUAUCCUUUUCUCAUCUUUCCAAAUGUACAAGAAAAAAGGGCAGCUUCCCCCUGGACCUACUCCAUGGCCUCUUCUGGGAAAUCUCUUGCAUCAAGAUGUACUACCUCUGAAUGCAUCCUAUAAAAAGCUUAUUGGACAGUAUGGUCCUAUCUUUACCAUCUGGAUUGGAUCAAAACCUUUGGUUGUGCUCUGUGGAUAUAAGAUGAUAAAAGAGGCUUUGAUAGAUCGUGCAGAAGAAUUUGGUGGACGUAAUACUCUGCCCACCAUUGAGCGAAUAUUCCAUAAUCAAAAUCUGGCCACUGCCGAUGAGAGAAACUGGAAGGAGAGGAGACAAUUUAUGCUAUCUACCUUGAGAAAUUUUGGGAUGGGGAAGAAACAGAUGUCCGAAAGAGUGCAGGAGGAAGCCCUUUGUCUAGUGGAGGAAGUGGGCAGCAUUCAAGGGCAGCCCUUUGAACCAAAAAGAAAAUGUACAAGUGCUGUUUCUAAUGUAAUCAGCACAGUUGUCUUCGGCAACCGAUUUGAUUACCGAGAUCAAACGUUCAUAGAGAACCAAAAAACUAUGGAAUCUCUUUUAAAUCUCUGCAAUAACUUCACAGGAAUGGUAUGUUACUCAUCGUAUUUUGCACCUCCUAUCUUGAAGCCGAAUUUUUACUAGCAGGAAGGCAAGUGCUGAAGUAAAAAAUGUGAAAACUAGAUGUGAUGAACUGCAGAUCUGGAAAAGCUAAAUCUAGACAUCCAGAGAGACUGAGGCACCCAAAUUUCAGUUGAUUCCAAGUUUAUCUCUCAUAGCUGGUUUUAUUUCCUAUGGAGCAUUUUCUUCCCUGACCAUUACAGCCAUAACUCCUUUUCUGCUUUUUUCUAGUACUUACUCAUUUCUUAAUUUGCCAGGAAAGUCCAAGCAUGAAUGCCUCCUAAUGUUUCACUGUUAUUCUCUCCAUACAUUUGUGAUACAUAGCAGUAUUCCAUACAAACAAAAAAGAAUGUAUAUUAUACAUUUUUAAAAAGUGCAUGGCAUGUACAUACCAAAUAACGUUGGCUACAGUAAUUAUUUUGUUAAAUUGUUGACCUUUCUCUCUCUC